GGUUUUCCACGUUGGACAAGUGCGGCGCGGCGGGCGGCGGAGCGCGCCCCUUCCCGCUACCUGCUCCACUGCGCUCUCCUCCACGGCUCGGCGUCCGGGUGGGCGGUGGCGGCCGCGGUCCUCGGCCCUCUCCCUCCGGUGUGUGCGCGCUCGUACGCGCGGCCCCCAGCGCCCGCCCCGCCGCCUGGGAGGGGGCCUGCGCGGCCGGCCGGGGCGUGCGCCCGGAGAGCCACCGCGGCCCGCGCCCGCAGGCGCCGGGGUCCCCGCGGCCCCGGAGGCGGCGCGGCGGGCUCGGCAGAUGUAGCCGCCGGGCCGGGGCCGGAUCCGGCGGGGGGGCGCCGGGAGAGCGAGGGCUUUGCAUUUUGCAGUGCUAUUUUUUGAGGGGGGCGGGGGGUAGAGGAAGCGGAAAGCCGCGCCGAGUCGCCGGGGACCUCCGGGGUGAACCAUGUUGAGUCCUGCCAACGGGGAGCAGGUCCACCUGGUGAACUAUGUGGAGGACUACCUGGACUCCAUCGAGUCUCUGCCUUUCGACUUGCAGAGAAACGUCUCGCUGAUGCGGGAGAUCGACGCGAAAUACCAAGAAAUCCUGAAGGAGCUGGAUGACUAUUACGAGAAGUUUAAACGGGAGACGGACGGCACGCAGAAGAGGCGGAUGUUACACUGCAUUCAAAGAGCCCUAAUUCGGAGCCAGGAGCUGGGCGACGAGAAGAUCCAGAUCGUGAGCCAGAUGGUGGAGCUGGUUGAGAACCGGGCCAGACAGGUGGACAGUCACGUGGAACUCUUCGAGGCGCAUCAGGAGGUGGGCGACGCCACUGGCAACAGUGGCAAAGCCGGCCAAGACAAGUCGAAGAAUGAGACAAUCACGCAGGCAGAAAAGCCAAAUAACAAGAGAUCCCGGCGACAGCGCAACAACGAGAAUCGAGAGAAUGCGUCUAAUAAUCAUGACCACGACGACAUCACCUCAGGAACACCCAAGGAGAAGAAAGCAAAAACCUCAAAGAAAAAGAAACGCUCCAAGGCCAAAGCAGAGAGGGAAGCAUCCCCCGCAGAUCUGCCCAUCGACCCCAAUGAGCCGACAUACUGUCUGUGCAAUCAGGUCUCCUAUGGAGAGAUGAUCGGCUGUGACAACGACGAGUGCCCCAUUGAGUGGUUCCACUUCUCAUGCGUGGGCCUCAACCAUAAACCAAAGGGCAAGUGGUACUGUCCCAAAUGUCGAGGGGAAAGCGAGAAAACAAUGGACAAAGCACUGGAGAAAUCCAAAAAAGAGAGGGCAUAUAACAGGUAGUUUGUGGACAUUCAUUGAGGAUUGAGGAGAGCAGAACAAACCAGUGUAUUUAUUAUGUUGCCACCUUUGUUGAGGUGUAAGGAUUGUAAAAUGUAUAUUUUUAAAGAAUGUUAGAAAAGGGACCAUUCCUUUUAUAGGGGUGGCAGUGAUUCCUUGGCCUUUUGUUUUUAUUGGUACACAUGUGUAACAAAGUGGUCUGUGGAUCAGCAUUUUAGAAACCACAAAUAUAGGUUUGAAUUAAAC